UUUUAAGAAAGUCAGCUGGUUAAGUGAGGCAACUGAUGCUGUACAAUAACGUAACAGGAAACAGGAAGCGACUGCAACCACUCAACAACAACAAAGAAAAACAAACCCUUUAACAACAUGGCCGGGAUUAAAGCUUUAGUUGGGUUGUCGUUCAGCGGCGCUAUUGGCCUCACAUUCCUGAUGCUGGCAUGUGGAUUGGAACAGUUUGGUGUGUACUGGCCUCUGUUUGUCUUGGUGUUUUACGUGGUAUCGCCCAUUCCUCACUUCAUUGCGAAGAGGAUCGGAGAUGACUCGGACGCUGCCAGCAGUGCCUGCCGGGAGCUGGCGUAUUUCUUCACAACCGGAAUUGUGGUCUCCGCCUUCGGGAUGCCAAUCAUUCUCGCUCGGGUCAAUGUGAUUGCGUGGGGAGCGUGUGGACUCGUGCUAGCUGGGAAUGCUGUGAUUUUCCUCACCAUCCUUGGCUUCUUCUUGGUAUUCGGCAGAAGCGAUGACUUCAGCUGGGAACAAUGGUAGCUCACCCCCAAGUUAACACAUAGGCAUCACAAAUGAAGACCCAUUGACUGCUGUUUUGGUUGGUUUUAUUUUGUACAAGAAAAUUAUAAUGAAACACUAAAGCCAUUCUAUGCAUUUUUUUUUCACACUGACAUAAAAUAACAGUGGUUAAAUGCUUGCUAGGUUUCAGAAGAAAAACAAUUACAAAAUUAUUUUACAGUGGGUGCGGUUACGGUAUGUCAACUUCUAAUGCAUUUCCCUUCUGUGAAAUCUAGGAAAUACAAACUAAAACCCUACCUUUUUGAAAUACCAAAGAUCCAAAAAUGUUAAAAUAGGUAGCAGCAGUUUCAUGUUUUUGUAAAUGGAAAUCUGGAAAUGCAGAAUAACAUUUCAAUCUAUUUUCAAAUAUUGGGAUUCUUCCGGUAUGUCCCAACCCUGCCCCAUUGUAUAGCUGUCCCUCCCGUCCAACACUGAAGGCAAGUAUUCAUCUUAUUGGCAGCUUUGCCAUAGAAGUUGACAAGUGUAGCGAUUGAAGUACUCCCCUACCUGGGCUUUAUUUGCUGUACAAACACUGACAUGGUCUGAUUUGAAUGAUCUGAGCCAUGAUAAAUAUGAAUGCCUCUGCUCUUCAACACCAUUAUAAUCCAGUUCACGGACUCCAUCAAGUUUCUUUUAAAUGAGGUCUUUGAUGGGACAACUGGACAGAUUAUUAAGAACCCCCUCCGUAUAGAUCAUUAAAAAAGGCUCCUAAAAUGAGUGCUUCCUAAUGCUUUAAAACCCUUUUCUUAUAAGCUUUACUAACAUUAUUACUGGUCCCUCUUUUACUGUGUUCAGAAUCUUCAUUAGUUAUUCGUGUUUUUCAUGCCAUGCAUAUAAUCCAAAGCAACUCUAUAGAUAAACUGUUGUGUCCUGGUACCUUUGCUGUAGAUCACAUGGUCUGAUUGCAGCUAGAUCAUUGGUGGGAAUGUGUACUACAUCUCAUGAAGUGAUUAAUAACCAGGAAGUCGCGACAGCUUUUUUACAUUUAUCUAUAGUGUUGUCUUUUAAAUAUUUGCAUAUUCCAAAUUGAAGUAUAAAAUACAAGAAAAUAAGUUAUUCAACAGGGCAAGUGAGGUCAUCCAUAACUAUGAAAUACCGAGUAGAAACACUAACAUUAGUGUUUGUGAUUGAUUGUGCUAAUAUGACCCUUUAAUAAAAAAAUAAAAAAACAACUAACUCCUGGCCCCUCACUAAAAAUGUUUAUGCUCAACUGACCCUUUUGCUAAUCGACGUACAAAAUGGGGUGUGGCUGUAUUAUGGGAAUAUAUUGAAUCUGUUUGGAUUAGUUAGUUUUCUUCAUUUCUUUUUUUAGUGUCUGUAGUUAGACACACAUUAUAUACUGCAUUUCUUAUGUGAUAACAACUUUGUGUUGGCUGGUUUGCAAAAACACAGCCAGUGUGAUGAAGUUGCAAUGAAGUGCUUUUUGUUAAUCAUCCAGAUACAAUUGCUCCUGUGAAUUGUAAAAAAAAAAUUAAAAAACGAACUAAAGCACUAUUUGUUUAGUAAUGUGUAUUCAAAAUUGUAACACACACUUGUUGUUUCAUCAGUUUUCUAUUGUAAUGUAAUAUUAAUAAUAAAACCCUUUUGUAAUGUUAACUGAACAGUGCCUAUUACUAGAUACAAAUCUGUUUACAUAAAAGUUAUGUGUAUAGUGCACUGGAGAAAAAAAAAAAAAAAAAAGCUUUGUCUUCAUGUUUUUUUUUUCUUACCUUUUUUUUUAAACUUGACUAUAUUAAAUGUUUACUUGUAAGUU